CUGGGGACGGCGACGUCACCGGGCGUGCUGCCUCCACGCUCGACGCUCUCCCCGUACAAAACCCAACGGCUGUGGCAUUUACUCUUUUACACAACCACACAUCGCCUCGUACGACGCUCACGACUUAAACGACUGACUUGACGAGAUCAAAAUGUCCGUUCCCCGCCAACUCUUCAACGAAAUCAGGCAGAUCAUCCCGCCUCUCAACGGCUCCCUUCACAAGGGCCAGUCUGGCCGAGUCGGUGUCCUCGGCGGCGCGCUCGACUACACGGGCGCGCCGUUCUUCGCCUCCAUCUCAGCUCUUCGCAUCGGCGCAGACCUCUCGCACGUCAUCUGCUCGCCGACCGCCGCUGGUGCCAUCAAAUCCUACUCCCCCGACCUCAUCGUCCACCCCAUUCUCCGUGAGGACCAAUCGCCCGCGGAAGUGAAGCCAGCUCUGUCCUCAUUGUUGGAGCGCCUGCAUGUACUAGUAAUUGGGCCCGGGCUGGGACGAGAAGACUACAUGCAGAACUUCGCCAAGAUGGCGCUGAACAUCGCGAAAGAGCAGGACAUGUACGUUGUAUUGGACGCAGACGCAUUGUGGAUGGUCGGUCAGGACCUGAGCCUCAUCAAAGGCUACCGCAAGGCAGUCCUCACGCCGAACGUCAUGGAGUUCAAGCGGCUGAGUGAUAACGCUGGCGUGGACCCAAAGAGCCCGCCCGACGAGCACGCCAUGCGGAUCUCGCGCGUGCUGGGCGGCGUGACAAUCCUGCAGAAGAACAAAGAGGACAUCAUCGCGACCGACACGGGGAGCACGCUCUCCGGAAGCCAAUCCACAGAAGAACAAGUCGUCGUCGACACACCGGGCGGGUACAAGCGCUGCGGCGGGCAAGGCGACAUCCUCAGCGGGACCGUCGGCACCAUGCUCGCGUGGGGAAAGUGCUAUGAGACAGGAGCAUAUGGUGACAAGACUCUCCCACUGUCGCGCCUUCCGCUGCUCGCGGCCGUUGGCGGGUCGAUGGUGACGCGCACGGCAUCGCGGCGCGCAUUCUCGAAGCAGGGCAGGGGCGUCGUCACACAGGACAUGCUGGGAGAGAUUGGCGGCGCUUUUGCAGAGACAUUCGGUGAGGACGAGAAGGGGUGGGGUGUACAAGGCGCGGGGAAGCUAUGACCUGCAGGAGUACCAUGAAACGAGAACGUCUAUACUAGUGUAGGGCAGCCUGGCUACCCAGUGUAUGAUUAUGUACGGUAGAGCCUGUGUGCUGUAUUGUUGAAUGGCAGUGUGGACGCGAAAAAAAA